AUGCUGAACCGUCUAUCCUUUCUGCUGCUGGUCAGCACGUUCGUUUGUUACUCCUCAGCAACCUACCGGCUAGUUCAGGACUACUCUGGUGACGCGUUUUGGGAAGGGUUUGACUUUUUCACCGACCGCGAUCCCACUGACGGCCUUGUCCAGUAUCAGUCCCUCGAGUCUGCCAAUGCCACAGGCCUUGCAGGCUUCAUCGACGGAGACAACUCGACAUAUGCCAUCUUCAUGGGCGUGGAUACUCAAGAGGUGGCCCCUGAGGGACGAGCCAGCGUCAGAGUCUCCUCGACGCGGACAUUUCAACACGCCCUCGUCAUUGCAGAUAUUGUCCACAUGCCAGGUGGCGUCUGUGGCACUUGGCCUGCAUUUUGGAUGUUGGGAGCAGAUUGGCCAAACAAUGGAGAGAUUGACAUUGUUGAAGGUGUCAACGACCAAUCGGCAAACAGUAUGACCCUUCAUACCGCUGCCGGGCCCAUCAUCAACAAUGCACCAGACUUCUCUGGCAAAUUGGUGACCCCGGACUGCGACGUCAAUGCUGUGAACCAACCAAAGAAUGCGGGAUGCUCAAUUGGGGACACCUCGAACUUGACCUUCGGCUCUGACUUCAACAAUGCAGGAGGUGGUGUAUUUGCAACAGAAUGGACCUCAGAAUUCAUUAAGAUCUGGUUCUUUCAACGAGGUACCUUUCCCAACGACAUUGUCAGCAAUGCUCCCGACCCGGCCAGCAACUGGGGCACCCCGAACUCGGUUUUUCAAGGUCAAUUCAAUAUCGAUGACCAUUUCAAGGAUUUACAACUUGUUUUCGAUACCACAUUCUGCGGACAGCUGUGCGAAUUAGUGGGCAGGGGAAGUGUGGAACUCGUCAAGUUGCGCAUCACUUGCUCCAACCUGUGA